AUGGAGAGGGAAUCAAGUUUAAAAAUAGAUUCAAGCUCGGUGAGCGCACCUGUUGUUGUCACAAUGGUAUGUUUGUACAUCUUCUUCAGGAGUAUGUCAAGCACAACGCCAGCGAUCAACCUGAUUAAGGGGAAGUUUAGAUCGGUCACUGGUCUACUUCUAAAAUUAUCCAUUUUUUCAUCGACUGUUUAUAGUAUUGUGCUAUACUAUCUCAGUACAAAGUUUCAGAUUGACAAAAUUGCUUUAGAACUGCUUCAGACGUUUGAUAAACACUACGUCGUCAAUUAUCGUGAGUACAGCAUUGAUCUAGGAUUGGUGCUUGUCUCGGCUCUAAAACUUGCCGAUAUCCUAUUCACAUCCUGUAUUUUCUUUUGUAUUUCUGUGAUCGCUCCAAGUACCAAAUAUUCAACUUCUACUUUCAGCAAUACAAUUUCCAUUGCCUCAAAGUUGUGGGCAGUAUUCAGAAUUCCCAUUGUGUACUAUGCAGAUGGGCUAGGCAUGCUUAUCAACGAGAAAUUGGCGUUGUUUAUGAUGCUGGUAUUUUUCAAUAUCGAGCUGAUGGUGGCUGCAUUCUUUGUUUUAUUUUUAAGGCUUAGAAGCACUGGCCUUAAAAAAUCACAUUCAGAUGCUGGGUUUCUAUCACUCUGUCUAUUUUUAUACGGGUUUCUAAAAUACUCCAUCAAUUUCAUUGAUUUUCCAUUUAAAAUCGACAGUAAUAUUCUCGGGCUAAUAUACUCAUUCCAAUAUGCACUAUCCAUUUCAAUAUAUCUUCUAAUGGCUGGUAUUGUAUUUCCUAGAAAAGAGACAAGCACAGCUGCGAAAGAGAAGACUGUGAUAGGCCAAAGUAACAGUGUGGCCAUGCUUGAAGAGGUAAUAGAAUUUGAGGAACUGCAAAAGCUGAAACCGAUUAAUUAA